AUGAGCGCUUGGCUUUCCCAAAUCGUACCGGGCAAAGAUUUCAAAUGGAAAACAGUUCGGAAUGAGAGUGAAAUUGAAGAGCUCGAAGAUGGCGAGCCGACCGACUCCCUGCUGCAUGAGAAGCUCUUGCGGCACAAGAUGGGAUACGAGCGGCGAAAGUCGCUCAGCAAGCAGCUUUGGUGGUUCUGUAGCUUACUGCUGAAGACAUUCUUCUUCGGGUCUUGGAUAUUCCUGGCCUUGUGUCUCUGGAUGCAUCGCAAGGACUCAAGCUGUCUGCUUGGGAAUGAGAGAAUAUUUGACGAUAUUCCUAUUCGACAUGAAAUGAAACGCUUCCAGCGCGCUGGCUUUCAUGACGAUCGCCACAAUGACCUCACAGAAUACGAAGGGGCUCCAAAUGCAAAGAACAAUGCGGCUUGGGAGAAGCUUCUCGCAGUUGGCGUCGUUGGGAUCUCCAGCCAUGAAGAUUCGAAGCUACCGAACGGAACCGCGCUGUCAGUGACGAAUCCAUCUGUGCACAUAGUUGAGCUGGAAAUGUUCCAUCAACUCCACUGUUUGAAAUGGCUUCGUGACCGAUACUGGGAGCUUGAGGGUGUUGUGGAGAGCUCCAUGGAUGUCCCGCAAAGACAAGCACAUUCUGACCACUGCAUCGAUUAUCUCCGACAGGUAAUUAUGUGCCAUGGAGACAUCACGCCUAUCUCUUUCGAGUGGAAUAAUGGAAUCGAUGCGUAUCUGGCGCAUCAUAGUACGCCGCAUAUGUGCCGUAAUUUCAACUCCAUCUAUGAGUGGGCUGCGAAAAGGGAUAACACCGGGCUUCGAGCCGAUGGAAACCAUAAGAAUGUGGAUUUGGAAGAGCAUGAGAUGUUUGAUUGA